AAAGGGUGUUGGCUGGGAGGAUGAGGGAGUCCCUUUUGCCGUGAGUGCACAAGGCAGGGGGUGGGGCGGAUAUCUGAUGAAAUUCGUGUCCCUGCCUGAGUAGCUAGGAUAUUUUAGAACAACUAAAACAAAAUAUUCAAAGACGAAAGUUCCCCCUUACCCAGAUUUCUCACCUAGAAGGCCACUGUGGCUGCGGUAACAGAACACCUGGGUUUGGGAAGAACUUGUCCUAAUCCACCCCUCCAUUUUGGGCCCACAUUCCUGAGCUUUUCGGUGACAUGGAUGAUAGAAAUUAAUUGCAGUUAAUAAUUAAUCCCUAAAGAGCAAUGAGAGGCCCAGGCUUGGGUGGGGCCCAGACACCUGCACAGAGGGACACCCUCAGCUUCCCUCUCUGUGUGACCAGGGACCCACCCCCUCAAGCCUCGAGACAUGGGGGAGAAGUGGGGCGCAGGAUCGAGGAAAGGGGACCACCCUCUAUUUCCCCAGCAGCCCAGUGAAUGGCCCUCUCCUGGGUCCUUAGAGCCAAACUGAGAGAACUGGCAAGUCCAGUUACCCAGCUUCCCCCUCCCAUCUCCCCACACACACCUGUGCUAAGGAUUGAGUGGGGAGUAGGAAGGCAGGCCAGUUAAGGAGAGACCAGCAGGCCUUCAGACAUCUCUUCUGUCCAUCUGAGAAGCAAGAAGCGAUAGAGCCGCGAUGGGGGCUGGGCUGUCCCUCUUCAUCCUCCUGACCCUCCUCGCCAGCUCACAGGGAACAGGGUCAGAAAUGACUUUGCAACUGAAGAUGAAGGACUCCUUUCUGGCAAAUUCCUCCUAUGAUUCCAGCUUCCUGGGACUGCCCGAGAAGCUCUGCUCCCUCCUCCACCUCCCAUCAGGGACCAAUGUCACCCUGCAUCAUGCAGGAUCCCCACACCACGUCACCUGCAAAGUCUGAGAGCGGUCGAAGCCUGUGCCCUUCUUGGCUGGGGCAUCCCGUCCCCAGGGUGCGGGUGCAAUGCCUGACCCCGUCUUCCAGCAGGCCCGCACCCUGCUGAGUGGCAGUAAAUAUGCUGAGCUCAGAGACUUGACUUUGUGGGUUCAUGAGCAGAGGGGCCGGCAGCAAAAUGGAAUUGGACACUCAAGUCUCUGACUCUCCCUUGUUAAGCAGAGGGUUUCCAGGGUGGGUGCUCUCUCCUAACACCAGUGUCAAAGGCCAGAAGGAAUCUGGGGAAUUAACUGCUUGGACGCACACACACACACACGCCACACACACAUACACAUGUGCAUAUACACACACCCUUCAAGCUGAGUUCUUCAGAACACCUGGGAAUAAAGAAAAGGAACAUUUAUUGAA